GAGGGUGCGGAGGGAGGUGAGGAGAAGGUGCUGAGAGGGUGCGGAGGGAGGUGAGGAGAAGGUGCUGAGAGGGUGCAGAGGGAGGGGAGGAGAAGGUGCGGAGGGAGGUGAGGACACCUCACACCUGCAGGGAGGAGUGGCUGCAUUGUCUGCAGUGCAUGGAUGACCUCUAGAAGAGAUAGGAGCUGCAGCCUGGACUCCUCAUGCUUCUGCAGCACAGGCGAGACGAGCACCAUCUCACUGCAGGGGACGUCCUCUCUUCGUAAUGUUUCUCCCCAGUGUCUAUAACGCUGAUAUUGGGAUUGGUGAUCACAUCCCACAGAGACUUUAUGGCACCCUGAGGCCUUCUUCUCUGAGGAUAUCAUAAGGACAGAGACGCCGUCACCUCCAGAUACAAGGAUGUCCCUCUUCUGGACGGCGCAGAUGGAUCUUCUAUAUAAAGAAUAUAUCACUAAUACAGAUUAUGCUUUAUGAAGACCAAACCCUAUGGGUGAGGAGACCCUACAAUCCGCUCCUCCUGAGUUCGCUCUCUAGGUUAUAGCCUUUGUGGGUCUCCCAUGUGAUCCAAGAUGAACAUGAGUGAUGAAGCCAUGGGUGAUGGGUCGGUGGCUCCCCCAGGACUUUGUGCUUUCAGGGGGUUAAACCUCAGCUGUAUACAUGUCAAUGGGCUUGUGAUACCAGAUGGUCCCAAUAUAACUUUCUUCCAUGAAGACUACUUUGUGUUACCCACAUUCUCCAUGGCGGCCAAGGUCCGUGUCGCCAUCACCUGUGUCCUGUUUGUCUCUUCCUCUUGCUUUAACAUAGCGACUCUAUGGACUAUAACCCACAAGUACAGGAAGAAAUCCCACAUCCGUAUCCUCAUCAUGAACUUGGUGGCCGCCGACCUUCUUAUCACUUUUGUGGUGAUGCCCUUGGACGCGGUAUGGAAUGUCACCAUCCAGUGGUAUGCAGGAGAUGUGGCCUGCCGGGUCUUGAUGUUCCUCAAGCUGGUGGCCAUGUAUUCUUCUGCAUUUGUCACUGUGGUCAUAAGCCUUGACCGGCGGGCCGCCAUCGUAAAUCCCCUGGGGAUCGGAGAUGCCAAGAAGAAGAACAAGACGAUGUUGUCUUUGGCAUGGACGCUGAGUCUUCUACUAGCAACUCCGCAACUCUUUGUGUUCCACACGGUCAGUAGGACACAUCCGAUUCCCUUUGUCCAGUGUGCGACAGUGAACAGCUUCCAGGAACACUGGCAGGAGACGCUGUACAACAUGUUCACCUUCUGCUUCCUCUUUCUGCUCCCGCUGCUGAUCAUGCUCUUCUGCUACACCCAAAUCCUCAUCGAAAUUUCUCAAAAGAUGAAGAAAUCCUGUGGUUCUUCUAGAGACAUCCCCCUCCGUCGUUCCUAUAAUAACAUCCCUCGCGCCCGGUUGAGGACCUUUAAGAUGUCUCUGGUGAUCGUGUUGACCUUCAUCGUGUGCUGGACGCCUUAUUACCUCCUAGGGAUCUGGUAUUGGUUUUCCCCUGAGAUGUUGACCCGACGAAAAGUUUCCCCGUCCCUCAGCCACAUCCUGUUCCUCUUCGGCCUCUUUAACACGUGUCUCGACCCCAUCAUCUACGGCCUCUUCACCAUCCACUUCCGUCGGGAGAUAAAGAAAUUUUGCCGAUGCUCGACUCAGGGAGCGGAGAACGAUUCGGCGUCUCUGGGAACAGGGUCCUUCCGGAUCUCCACAGCCGCUGUGGCCCUCAAGAGACCUGCUGGGGGCUCGUGUAGGUUUGACCUGGAGGUCACCGGAGUCGGCCUCCAUUCAGGGAAAUGUGAACAUUGUAAGAGGAAGGUGGCGGAGAGCUUCAUGUGACGGAACGUUGUCAACCGGGUCCGAGCACAAAAACGUCCAACCUCACUGUCAGGAGACCUUCCAAACGCACAGAAGGGUGGACCGCACCAAUGAUAGCGAUAAGGGGGCUGGUGGGGUUGGGGGUAAAGGCUACCACCCCCCCAAGACUAGAGAAGCCACCUUGACCCCCACGAUCUCCCUGCUGCACCCGGCGUUCGUAGAGAGUGUCGGGUGCAGCACCGGAGGCUCGU